AUGUCGUCCUGUUCGGUCUUCGAGGUCCUUUAACAAAUAUCUUGUGUUUUGACCUCUGUGGUCUUCAGUCGAUUUGUUUCAGGUGAUAAAAGAAACCUUGACUAAAGCCGCUUCCUUGGUGAGUUAACAGUGUGGCAGAGUUUCGCCUCUAUUUCAGUAAAACUGUCAUAUUAGUGUUGCAUUUAGUAACGCGACGAUAAAUCCAUCAAGCCUGUGAAUGCGACCUAUUUGUUUCCGGUUUGAACUUUUCAGCAUAAACCUGGGCAGGUAUUAAAAGACCUGUCCGAAGUUCUUUUGAUGAUGACCAAAAUGGCCAUUUAAUAUUUAAGUAAGAACUUAGUGUCAAGCAACAACCCAUAUUUAGUAAAAUCCUGUAACGUUUUUUAUUAGGGGAUUAAUAUGUCAGAGUUAAAAUCCCCAAAUUUCUUAAAUUUGUGAAUGACAAGGCUUCUACAACCCUGAUGUAAUGAUGCCAUCAAUGGUAAUCUAAAGGGGUUUUCUAAUGAGCAUCUUUCCAGAUCAGUGGGUUAAAGACACACUGUCAUUAAGCUUCUGCAGGAACAAUACUAGUGUACAAAUGUAUGCCAGAGUGUGAGAGUGAUCAGCCACUGUUCUGUUUUUAGCUCUGUACCUUCUUAGGCCUUCGUGAUAUGAGACUUGGACUGUGUUCAGGACUUUCUGACAGUGUCUGUGGGAGUGAUAGUUCAUUGAAAUGUUCCCCACUAUUACAUUUUUGUGAAAAAAAAAUGCAGUGACUCUGUAUAGUUUGAUUAAAAUGCAGCAACACAAGGAAAUAUUUCUUUUAUUCUUUUAGAAGUUAAUGUUGAAAUUCAAAUGAAAUAACUUUGAGGAUGUUCUGGUUAUGUUUUUAAACCAACAGUAUUGAUCUAGUUAAGCCAAAAACACUGCUUUUAAUUAUCCUGCGUUGUGUGCAUGUUCAUUAACAAAAUCAUUGCAGUCAGAUGUUUUGCUUGAAUUUUAACAAGAACAUUAAAAAUUAAACAGAUCUCAUGAUGUGCCAAAUAUAACAAGGACUUCAAUGACAAACUUUUUGGUAACAUUAUUACCUCUUGUUUCAGGAUCUCCUUGUGUCCUAUCAGUGGCAUUUCACACUGACUGAAGACAUGUUUCGUAGAAGAAUACCUUUCACACAGAUGGCCUUUGCUACGUUGCUUGGAGUGGCUGGUGGUGUUUAUAUCUACAGACCUUUUUUCGAGCCACUACUGAAGAGCCCAGGACAGGAAAACCAGGAUAAGCCAAAGAAACAUGAACAAGCAGACUGA